UCGGCGCAGUUCGAGCAUUCAAAGUCGUAUCUCGAAUUCAGUUUGACAAAAAUUACAUGUUUUCUAUAUUGAGUUUUAGCAAAAACACAUAUGUAAAUGAUUGGACUUCGAAGACUAUUCAUAAUUGUGCUCUGCUGGACUCGCAGGAUGUGUGUCCAGAGCGAGGACUCGUUCCUUCGCUGCACGCGACGACAUCGCUUGAAAAUCGUAAACGUAAUUCAUCCGAUAUCGGCCAUCGUCCUUCUUGGAGUCAUUGGGUUCACGUUGGUCUACGAAGUAAUGUAUGUGGGGCCGGAGAUACUCGGUUCUAGCGGGUGCUUGUACUGGCUUGGAUGCCUGUUUGCCGGCUUCGUCAUCUUCAAUAUCCUUGGGAAUUGGUGGCUAAGCUUUAAAACUGACACCACCGUGAAUAGCUUGCCCGCGGAGCAACAGACACCUGCCGAAGGUGAGGCUCACCUGUGGCACUACUGCAUCGCCUGCGAUAGGUUGGUGCCGCCCAGGUCCUGGCACUGCCGACUCUGUCAGGGAUGUAUGCUGAAGCGGGAUCAUCACUGCACCAUCUCGGGUAGCUGCAUCGGGCACAAGAACCAGCGCUACUUCAUCUGCUUUCUCUUCCAUUUGACCUUAGGAUGCGGUUCGGCUCUGGUCUUCAAUGGAAUUUACGCUUGGAAAACAGGGUCCAUAAUGACAGCCGAUCCCAUAAUGCUGUUUUUCAAAAUGUCAGAUUAUAGUAAGGAUGUGGAUCUGGACUGGAAGUACACGAUCUCUAUAAUUUUCAAGUUGAACAUGUUCCUGUUUGUAAUCGCUCUCUUUAUGUUUUGCGUGCAAAUAUUAAUGGUGCAUCGGAACAGUACGUGCUAUAAGAUUCUUGAUCGCAGCUAUGAUCUUGGCUGGCGGCGGAACUUUGAAGGUGUCCUGGGAAAGCAACUUUUCUGGACGCUCUUGUCGCCCACGAUCAUAAGUCCUUUGACCAACGACGGCACCAAGUGGUUUGUCAAGCAGCACGUUUAGACUUUGGUUAAUAAAAUUAUGAACGGUUUUGUUGUCCUUGGAGAAGACUUAAUAAAAAU